UGAAUUCCACCACUAAUAUCCCACUUACCUUGCUCCAACUACACUAGAAAAUGACUCAAAAAAAAAAACUUUUGGCAAAUUAAAGAAGAGUCUCAAAUAUUAGGGCUCUGUUCUUAAAUGCUGCUUCAGAUGUCUGAUCAAACCUCAUUCAAUGUUAAUUUAGGCUAUGCAUUAAAUGCUCUAUCAAUUCUUGAAAUUAGGUGGGUCUCCCCCACUCCACAUUUCUACACAUAAUGAUAAUGGGCAUAACCCCUUCCCAAGGAAAGCUAAAAGAAUUGAUCUUUUCUUGUUAAUCUUGUGGUAGGCCCCCCAUCUCCAAACUUGGCACUCGGAUAACCCUUGAAACACCAUUUGAUUUAAGAUUUUUGCUUGGAAAAGAAAGAAAGAGCGGCGUAGUUAGAAAUUUCACAAAUAUAAAUUGGAAAUAUACAGUACAUAAGUGGGUGUCUAUAUAAGUGGUGGGAUUGCAGGUAGGUGAAAAAUUGAAUUUAGUAUAAACUACUAGUCUCUCUUUCUUGAGUGGAGUGUUUGAAUCUUGAUAAAGAAGAUGAAUUAUCUUGGUGUGGGUGUGAGUCCUGGCAAUGUUCCGGUGUACCACGGCAGCAAUCUGAGGGUGUUGGACAGAAGAGUGAGGAUUGCAGAGCUGAUUUUGAGGUGUCUGAUCUGCGCUUUGGCCCUCGUUUCUGCUGUUCUAAUAGCGACUGACACUCAGGUUAAGGAAUUCUUCACUAUUCGGAAAAGGGCCAAAUUCACAGACAUGAAAGCACUCGUUUUCUUGGUUGUAGCCAAUGGGAUUGCGGCUGCCUACUCUCUCUUCCAAGUUGUGAGGUGUGGUGUGAGUAUGCUUAGAGGGACUGUGCUCUUCAACAAGCCCUUGGCUUGGGCCAUUUUCUCUGGGGAUCAGGUGUUGGCGUACUUGAGUUUGGCUGCAGUGGGAGCGUCUGCUCAAUCAGCGGUGUUCUCGAAAUAUGGUGAGACAGAGCUGGAGUGGAUGAAGACUUGCACUAUGUUUGGGAAGUUCUGCAACCAAAUCGGGGAAGGCGUCGCCACCUCACUACUCAUGACCCUCUCCACACUCAUCCUCUCUGCUGUCUCCGCUUUUAGCCUCUUUCGAUUGUAUGGAGGAGACAGUAAAGGAAAGGAAAGUGGAGGAUGGUAGACCAUUUCUCUCAACUCUCCCAAUUCCUACUGCUUUGCCUUGCCUUGUAUAACCAUACAUCAGCAUCUCACAUUUUCUCUUCCUUAUUGUAUUAUAUUUCCAACUGCGACCUGCCAUUCUUAAGGAUGUCAUUAGGUUUGUCGUGGAUGCAUAUUUGGGUGAAGUUAAGUUUCCAAACAACAAGGUUUUAUAGAUGAAGUUGAGGGUGUUUGGCUAA